CUGACGUCAGGAACUUAGAUCUUCCCGUCAUCACACACAGAUACAACAGAUAAGCCCGCGGACUUGCCGGCAUCACGAAGGAGUGAUUUUUCUCGGAAGCCCUGCCUGUCCCGUGACUGUGCCAAGACCCACAUCGCCUCCUAACACAAAACCCAGUGUCGCCCUCCACUGAGAGCCAGACCAGAGACGGAUGCUGAGAACAGGAAGGGCGUGUGGGGACUCCUUGGGCUUCACCCUGGUUUCUAAGUGUUGCGGAUGCCAGGUGCCCAGUCCCGUGGAGCCAUGACGAUGGAGGCUCUCCCCAAGGCCCCGGAGGUCGACGAGAAGUCUCCAGAGUCCAAGGACCUGCUGCCCAGCCAGACAGCCAGCUCCCUGUGCAUCAGCUCCAGAAGCGAGUCGGUGUGGACCGCCACCCCCCGGAGUAAGUGGGAAAUCUACCGCAAACCCAUCAUUAUCAUGUCGGUGGGCGGCGCCAUCCUCCUCUUCGGUGUGGUCAUUACCUGCUUGGCCUACACCCUGAAGCUGGGUGUCAACAGCCUUAAGGUCCUUAAGAUGAUAGGGCCUGCCUUCCUGUCUCUGGGACUCAUGAUGCUGGUGUGCGGGCUGGUGUGGGUGCCCAUCAUCAAGAAGAAACAGAAGCAGAAACAGAAGUCAGUUUUCUUCCAGACUCUCAAGUCCUUCUUCCUGAAUCGCUGAUGGUGGCCUCACUUUCUCUUCUCCUCGUCACCCUGCUGCCUCGCCCGGGAGGAGAUCUGCAACGUCCAACAUUCCCCAUCUUCUU